CUAGCAGGCACUGUGAAAACGAUAAGGUUUGGACCAGCCGAGCCGGCAGCCACAGCCUCUCCCUCUCCCUCCCGAGCGCCGGAGCUCGUCUCCUCUCCUCGCCGGCGCCACCGCCCCCAUGCUCCUCCCAAUGCGCGGCCUCCCGGCGGCCCCACCCCGCCCGCUCGCCCACCCACACACCGCGCCCGCGCCGCCGCCCUCGCUCCUCGGUCCCCGGCGCCGCCGUCCGUCCCGGAGGCUCUCCAAGGUCGUGUCCUACUACGGCCUCACGACUCCGCCGUACAAAACCGACGCCCUGGAGCCGUACAUGAGCAGGCGGGCGGUGGAGCUGCACUGGGGCAAGCACCAGCAGGACUACGUGGACGGGCUCAACAAGCAGCUCGCCAUCAGCCCGCUCUACGGCCACACCCUCGAGGACCUCAUCAAGGAGGCCUACAACAACGGCAACCCGCUGCCCGAGUACAACGACGCGGCCGAGGUCUGGAACCAUCACUUCUUCUGGGAAUCGAUGCAGCCGGAAGGCGGCGGCUCGCCCGAGGCAGGUGUGCUGCAGCAGAUCGAGAAGGAUUUCGGCUCCUUUUUUAAUUUCAGGGAGGAGUUCAUGCGCUCGGCGAUGUCGUUGUUGGGGUCUGGUUGGGUUUGGCUUGUCUUGAAGAGAAGCGAGAGGAAGCUUGAGGUGGUUCACACGCGAAACGCUAUCAACCCACUUGCUUUUGGAGAUAUUCCAAUCAUCAGCCUAGACUUGUGGGAGCAUGCUUACUACUUGGAUUACAAGGAUGACAGGCGAACAUAUGUGUCAAACUUUCUGGAUCACCUUGUCUCUUGGCAUACUGUCACUCUACGCAUGAUGCGCGCGGAGGCUUUUGUGAACCUUGGUGAACCAACUAUCCCAGUGGCAUGAGAUGAUAUGGACAUGACCUGGAGUUGUCUCUAAAUAUGUCAAUCUCACGAGGGAUGCCAAGGAAAAUCCUGAACCACAUCCUACUGGAUGAGACGGAGAGUUUGCGGGGGGCAGCCUGAUGUAACCACGUCAUGCAAUGCACGGUGAACAAGUAAGCUCUGCCUGGAGAUAAGACAGCUGAUGUUUCGUCGUUGUCCUCAUUCGUCGCUACAGGGAAGUGACCUCCCAUUUCAAGUUAUUAUGCGGUAAAAGCAGAGAUGGACGCUUCAGAGCACGGGCACUUGAGUUUAGACUUUAGAGUACGCGCCAUCGAUCUAACUUGUGCUUGAAGCCACAGAACUUUAUGUCUUCAGAACAAUCUCCCAUGGUGCUGUUAGAGCAGCCCCUAGUUUUCCACCGAUUGUAGGCAUAGCUUCAUCAUUCUGUUGCAACAGAAUUCUGCCAUGGUGCGCCGAGGCAUAUGCCCCAUGAAUGUUUGCCUUGCUCAAACAUAUUCUUCUUUUUCAUCAAUAGUCUCCGCCCGAUUCUUUGGAACAUAUCGAAUGGUCCCUGCGCA